UUAGUUUGUCAAGUGUUCAUAGUCAAUGCAUGUUGUUUUUUUUUUUUUUUCAUUCUAGACAUUUCUUUUAUGGAUUAUUCUCAGUGAUGUAAGGUAUUUCUUAUAAUUUGGAAAAAUAAAAAAAUGUGUUUUUUUACAUAAGUUGACAUAACAGUACGAUAAAAUUGUUGGUAUGCAUGUAAAUUGUGUAAUAUUUUUGCGAGGAAUUAUGUUUUGAUUAUUUACAGUUUGGACAGAUUAAGUUCCCUGUCAAAUACGAGGAGUAGAGAGACUGUCCAGUUCCUUCAUGUCUUGUGCAAGCUCACCAAGGAUCUUAUUUUUAAGACAUUACAUUGACAAGUUAUCGAAAUGGUGGUAAGAUUGUGUAAUAGACGAAUCUAUUUUAGAGUGAGGAAUUUCCCAUUUAAACUAUUACAAUGCUCUAUUUGUUUCAUGUGUGGAUUCGUCUUAUUCCAACUGAAAGGUCUACAAUACUCGAUAUAUUUUGAGAAAAGAAAAUUAUUUUGGAACAAUACUGACAAAAUCUUAUCUGAUAUUCAAGAAAAUGGAAGAUCAAAUAUCGUGCCAUUGAACUCAUUUUUGCUGGAUAAAGUAUUUAGAGAAGAUCCGAUGGAAGUGUUUGAAGAAUUUGAAUCCAUUCAAUUAUUGUUUGUUGUGAAAUCACACAUACUUAAUUUUGGUAAACGAGAAGCUAUUCGUAAGACGUGGGGACAUGUGAAAAACCUUCGAAUAAAAACUGUCUUUGUUGUUGGUCAAUCACACAAUAUGGACCAUUUUCUUGAUUGGGAAUCAAAACGGCAUAAGGAUGUAAUUCAACUCAAUAUAGAAGAUAAAUAUGAAAAUUUAGUUUAUAAAACUGUGUAUGCAUUGCUUUCCUUGUCGAAACAUAAUAUCAGGACUGAAUAUGUACACUGUGUAGAUGAUGAUCGUUUAGUAAACGCAAUAAAUGUGUAUGAUAUAGCCAAACAAAACAUUGCUCAAUCAGAUACGGUUAUGUUGGGUUUUAUGGUAUAUUUGUCCCGACCAGACAGAUCUUUGACUUCAAAAAAUUAUAUUUCAUUUGAAGAUUAUCCUUUCCUAUACUUCCCGUCUUAUAUUAUAGGAGGAACCAUAUUAACAAAUAUGAAAACAAUACACAUGCUUUCAACAGGGAUAGGACAUGUACGGUUAAUCCAAAUAGAAGAUGUUUACAUUGGGAUGGUGGCAACAGCUUUCAAGAUAGAAAUGCGACAUCAUAAAGGGUUUUUUCCCUUCAAAAAACCCGUUAAAAUGUUUAGAAAUAUCUUAUCAUCCCCUGGAUAUGAUCUCGCAUACGCAUUAUUAAGAGACUGGGAACUUAUUCAUCGAUAUGAAAAUAUCGAAUUUAGACGUUAACUCUUACAAUCUUCCAUUUAGCCAUCCUUUUCAUGUAAUUAGAUAUCUAAAUAAAAAUCAAAGCUAUGUCAGAAAAACUCUGUUUGAAUUAUUUUGGAUGAAAACAAAUUAAA